AUGCGUAUACUCAUUGGAUUACUCUGUAUUCUGCUCAUUUGGGGUGGAAGUAGUUCAUCUACUGAGUCAGAGGAUCCGUCAACGAAGACAUCUGGUAAUUCUACGAAUGGUACAACAACGCCAUCUGACAAGCCUGUGUCAACAAAUUCUACCGUUGAAUCAACUGAACAUAGCAGUACCGGUAGUGCAAAUGGAUCGUCGACGACUGGAUCAUCACAAAUUUCGACAACAAUUGAACAAGGGGAAACCACAGAAGCGACGACAGUUACCCCAGGACCUCCAACUCUACCAAACGUGAAUGUCCAAAGAUCAGAUUUCAAACUUUUUAAUUGUACCGCUGAAUUGUGUACUUAUCAAUUCGAUGCUCCUCAGAACAGCCAAAGUUUUUUGAAAACAGAGAAUGCGGUCAUCGGAACGGAUAAUACGAAAUAUAGCGAACUUCAAACUGAAGCUAAUGAGAACGAUAAAAAUAUCACCGAUGCUUAUAAUGAUGCAACUAGCAAGAUUCUCGAUCUUCAGUCAAAGCUGGGCAAAAUUCAACAAGCUCUCAGCGGAAUUCAAUCCCAAAUGCUUUUGAUUCAACAGGUCCAACGAGACACUCUUGCAAAUCUGAUUCCUGUGAAAAAGUUUGUGUCCGACUUGACAAAUGCACAGACCUGCCUUUAUCAAAAAUGUCUCAUUCCGACCACAACUCCGCCUCCAACUACGACCCCUACACCAUCACCAACAACUUCACCCAGUCCGUGCAUUGACUUCACGUGCCCUAUUUCUGGUUCGAGCUGUGAAUUGGACCAAUCAAACAAGCCGUAUUGUACCAAUUGCGUUGGUAAUCUUGACGGCUACAAUCACUGCAAUACCGUUGUUUGUGACAAAUACGGUACUGCUAUAAAUAACGUUUCGGAAUCAUUUUUCAUAUAUUCAUAUGGAUAUAACGCGCAAUAUAAAAACUACAGUGGACUUCCAGCUAAUACAAAUUGCAAGUGGCUUCUAACUUCAGAGAAUGGAUUCACUAGUCAUUAUGUAAGCUCCUACGAGACUUCCAAUCGGUUAGUAGGAAAACCGUAUGUAAGUUGCCGGCCUGAAGGGGUAUCGUUGGUAGCCCGAGUCGCCGAGCCGUUUCGCGGCCAAAUCUUUGUAAAAGGAGCUCAUUCGAAUCCAAAAUGCGCGAAAAAGUUCAACAAUUCUACGACGCAAGUUGAAUUGACGAUCGAUGCCGAUUCUCUAAGUUCAUGCGGAUUUCAAUUCUGGAAGAAGCCCGGCGAAACUGCGGUGUUGACAUCAGGUCAAUUCGUUGUCUCAUUUCAUUCGGAAUUGGUCACAACAUCUGAUCAAGCAUUUGCCGCUCAUUGCACAUUUGAAAAUCAUGCAGACGUCAGCAAUAUGCUCAUAAACCAAAAAUCAUUGGUUAGUGAUGCAAAAACGGUUUUUGGUGAAUUUGAGACUCCAAAAAUCAGAAUGGACAUUCUACCAGCUGGCGAGCUGAUUAUAUUGUCUGAUGAUAUCACUAAUCAUCAAAAAUCGGUUUUCAGAGUGGGCGACCCGGUUUUGUUCAAGUGGAGUAUGGUAAAUAGAUCAGACUUAUUUGGAAUAAACAUCGAAUCUUGUGAAGUGACAACAAAGUAUCGCAGCCCAGUUCAGAUAAUAUCCAACGGAUGCUCUCUCGACGAUGAAUUGAUUUCGGAUGUUAGUUAUUCAUCUGAUCAUUCCCAAGUCUUUGCAAAUUCAUUGGCGUUUAAAUUUGUCGAUGAAGAUAUCCUUAAUGUCCGUUGUGCAAUUCGAUUUUGCGUCAAAAGACUGGAUCAUGUAAGAAUUGCGGGAUUCGAGGAGGAUGUUUGCGCUUUCGAAUCUCAUUGCUCUAUUCGAAAUCGUCGUGAACUCGAAGCCAAACACCAACAAAAUCGAAUUUCGCGUGACAUUGUUUACGUCGAAGGCAGGUUGCGAAUAAAACAGGAAGCCUAUUCCAGCUCAGGUCUCGAGUGUCGAGAAAUGUGUUUACGGCAAACGGCGGCGAGCGUUGCUUCAUUUGAAAACGAGCGCGAGUUUGCACCAAAAACAACAAGGCCAUUCGAACACAGUACAAUGUGGUACGGCUCGGCUAAGCGCGUGCCGCCACCGCCAUGGCCACAGCCGCCACCAACGCGAUGA